CGGUACUGUGCGCCCGCGCAUUACAUCGCGUGCGUUGAUACGGAAACUUAACCAAAUAACGAACGACAUUGGUCAGAUUUGUUUUGCAAAAAACAACAAAUUGUUCCUCAAUUUAAAGUGAUUUAAAUAACCUCGUCAGUGUUUUUGAAAUAAAAUUCCAUCUUAUUUUUAGUAACAGAGAGAGGUAGAUGUAAACAAAGUUAAACAGCGCAGUUAUUUUUUACGUUUCGCUGUUUUUUAAAAACAUUUAAAAAAAACGUGUUUAAACUUGUUAAGUGACAUUUUGUAGUGAGAGUAACACGAUUUUAUGCAGUUUCAACAGUGUAAGUGACAAUGAGCAUGUCCAGACCGUAGAGAUGAAAUGAAGGGGAGGACUCCUAACAAACUUCCUCUGUUCCUGGGAAAAGUUCUACUACGCUGGAUUUUUCACAACUCAGACAUAUUGUUUUUUGUUCAUCGUUUUAUUUGGUAUGCCAACGUCCGAUCAUCGAUGAACGGGAGCAGCGUCGAUUUUUUCGAAAGUCUCAUCGAAGAAGACGGUCGCUUCGCAGAGUUGAACUGGCAUGAACCCACGCUGAGGAACGUUCAAGGACAAGGACAGCUGUCGCAGCAACGGACACAACGGGCUCGGGCCCAGUCAAUCGAUCGUCCAGCUGAGAACAUAAACAAUGGUGGUGGUUUAUCAUUGUCCCCGCCUCACACGAUAUCGCAACGCGAGACAGGUACUCAAGUGUCGCAGUGCUACAGCGGGCCACCUUCGCCCUGCGGGACCUCGUCUAAUACCCCCUCUCCCACCGCAUCACCCGCGCCGCCGGCGGGGUCGGCUACUCUCGAUCCCAACUGGCAGGCAACAAAACCUACAGUCCGCGAAAGAAAUGCAGCUAUGUUCAAUAACCAACUUAUGGCCGACAUCACUUUUGUUGUUGGUAGUCCAGGACACACCCAAGUGAUACCGGCACACAAAUAUGUCUUAGCAACAGGCAGCUCAGUAUUCUAUGCAAUGUUUUAUGGAGGGCUGGCAGAGUGCAAGCAAGAAAUUGAAGUACCAGAUGUCGAGCCUUCUGCAUUUCUCACAUUACUCAAAUAUUUAUACUGUGAUGAAAUCCAACUUGAAGCAGACACUGUAUUGUCAACAUUAUAUGUUGCAAAGAAGUACAUUGUCCCACAUCUAGCAAGAGCUUGUGUUAAUUUCUUGGAAACUAGUCUUACUGCAAAAAACGCAUGCCUGCUCCUCAGCCAGUCAAGAUUAUUUGAGGAGCCAGACCUCAUGCAGAGGUGCUGGGAAGUAAUAGAUGCUCAGGCUGAAAUGGCCCUCACGUCUGAAGGAUUUGUUGACAUAGAUGUAUCAACGUUAGAAUCAGUAUUAGCAAGAGAGACACUCAAUUGUAAAGAGAUAAAUCUGUUUGAAGCGGCUUUAGCUUGGGCUCAAGCAGAAUGCUUGCGGAGAGACAUUGAGCCCACACCAACCAAUAAAAGAGUCAUGCUCGGCAGUACUAUAUACCUAAUUAGAUUUCCAACAAUGUCUCUGGAGGAGUUUGCAAACAGUGCGGCACAACUCGGUAUUUUAACCCCUCAAGAGACUAUCGAUAUAUUCCUGCAUUUCACUGCUGCUGCCAAACCGCAAUUAUCUUAUCCAAUAAAGUCCAGAGCAGGACUGAAAGCACAGAUUUGCCACAGGUUCCAGUCUUGUGCAUACAGGAGUAAUCAAUGGAGAUACCGUGGUAGAUGUGACUCUAUUCAAUUCUGUGUUGACAAGAGAAUCUUUGUUGUUGGCUUUGGACUGUAUGGCUCAUCAAAUGGAGCAGCUGAUUACAAUGUUAAGAUAGAACUUAAAAGAUUGGGCAGAGUUCUAGCAGAGAACAAUACAAAAUUCUUCUCUGAUGGCUCAAGCAAUACUUUCCAUGUGUAUUUCGAGAAUCCUAUACAAAUUGAACCAGAAUGCUUUUAUACAGCAUCAGCUAUAUUGGACGGGAGCGAGUUAAGUUAUUUUGGACAAGAAGGUUUGAGUGAAGUUUAUAUGGGAACUGUGACAUUCCAGUUUCACUGUUCAUCUGAAAGUACUAAUGGAACAGGAGUGCAAGGUGGUCAAAUUCCUGAGCUGAUUUACUAUGGGCCUACUGUAAACACUGCUUUGACAAAUUCCAAUUCUGAUGACUGACAAAUGACAAGAUCGCGCCCUUUCAAUUAUUAUUCUGUAUAAGAGAAAACAAAAUAUAUGGAAUUGAUAGUCUCAAUUAUAUGAAGAGUAACUUUGGCUAAAUUAAGAUGCUUACCAUUCCCUAACGUUUAAAUUGUUUUGUUGAAAAUUAAAGUUCUUGUGUACAUUGUUGACUUGUUCAAAGUUAAGGUAUAUUACAAAUGUGAUAUGGAUGUUGUAAGCUCUCUAGAAAUAGUAGAUUUAAAAUCCAUACCAUGCAAUAAAUAU